AUGCCAGAGGAUUAUCCAGAUCAGUUUGAUGAGGUAGUGGACUUUAUUCAAGCCACCAUUAAAAGAUUGAGGAGGUCGCCAGAUAAACAGACACCGAUUUUUUCUAGGCGGGAGAGAAACCGGCAAAAUGCAGCCACAAACGUAGAGAAUUCCAGCAAAAAGGGAAGGAGGAAUCAAAAGGGCAAAAAUCGAGGAUGUGUCUUAACAGAAAUACAUUUAAAUGUGACCGACUUGGAUUUGGGAUACGAAACCAAAGAAGAGCUAAUAUUCCGGUAUUGCAGUGGAUCUUGUGAUGCAGCCGAGACCACCUAUGACAAAAUUUUAAAAAACUUAACCAGAAAGAAAAAACUAGUCACUGACAAAGUGAGGCAAGCUUGUUGCAGACCCACAGCCUUCGAUGAUGACCUAUCCUUUUUGGACGAUAAUCUGGUUUACCACAUACUGAAAAAACAUUCCGCAAAAAGGUGUGGAUGCGUCUGA